CAUGCUUUUUAUUCCCUCUGUCACUUGCAGCUCCUGCUGUCACACCAUGGACUGCAUGCAGCAAACACAGAACUGUGGCAUUGGCUACGACCUUUGCCAACUAAAGUUAGUCAACCUUGAGGCUCAUGAUAACCACCUUUACCAUGAGACGCAGGGGCUCAGCGAAAAGCACCUGGUGGUGCGACGUGGGAAACCGUUCAAAUUCACCCUGAUGUUUGACAACCAGUGGCAUCCUUACACCGAGAGCCUGGUGCUGGAGGUUCGGCUAGACAAUAUAGCUUGGAAGGCCCCAGUCCAUUUUUCUGAUGAACAGCUUUCCACCCGGGAUUGGACCGCCAAAAUCAACCCAGGCAACAUGCAUUCUGAGUCGGUCACCAUCCACUUAUGCUCCCCUGUUUUGUCCCCGGUGGGUGUAUACGACCUCCUGCUCCACAUAGAGACCGCACAGUACAGGAGGAGCUACGCAGUGGGAGUGUUUGUGCUGCUCUGCAACCCUUGGCUGAUACAUGAUCCGGUGUACAUGUCAGACAAUGACCGCAUACAAGAGUACAUCAAGAGCGAUUAUGGGGUGAUCUUCAUGGGCACCAAUCUAAACAUCUGUCAGCGUCCCUGGUCAUUUGGUCAGUAUGAGCCUGGGGUCCUAGAGGCAUGUCUGAAGCUCCUGCAGGUCAGCCCGCAGCACUUCCAUGACAAAUUCGGCGACUACACCCAUCGAGGGGACCCUGUCUACCUUAGCAGGGUGGUCUGUGCUAUGGUGAACUGUCAGGAUGACCUGGGCAUUCUGCAGGGGAAGUGGCAGGGCAGCUGCGAAGAUGGCGUUAGGCCGACAGAGUGGAGCGGCAGUGCUGACAUCCUUCAGCGCUGGGUCUCAUCCAACUUUAGCCCGGUGCGCUAUGGACAAUGCUGGGUCUUUGCAUCUGUCCUCUGCACAGUGAUGAGAGUGCUGGGCAUUCCCUCCAGGGUGGUGACAGUUUUUAAUGCAGCCCAUGACUGUAACAGCAACGGGAAAAUUGAGGAGUAUUACUCGAGCACAGGGGAGAAGCUCAACAUGUCAAGGGACAGCAUUUGGAACUUCCAUGUAUGGGUGGAGUGCUGGAUGAGAAGACCAGACCUCAGUGAAGAGUUUGACGGCUGGCAGGUAGUGGACCCGACCCCCCAGGAGAAGAGUGCAGGGACAUACCGCUGCGGCCCUUGCUCAGUAGCUGCGGUCCAGCACCGCGUCCUUGGCAACGCAUUUGACACGCCGUUCAUAUGCGCCUCAGUUGACGCCGACGUCGAGCGGUUGAUUGUGCGCAGUGGAGCGGUGGUGUCGAGGAAGGUGAACAAGGAGGUGGUGGGGCAGCUGAUCUACACCAAGAGCAUCGGCUCGGACAGCCCAGAGAAUCUGACACAUACUUAUAAGAGCAAGAAGGGGAAGUUCCAAUCAAGUUACUCUGAAGGAAACAUGAUGAUGAUGAACCCUUCAUGUCCGAUGCCCACCAACGAUGGAGGAAGAAACAUGAUGAUGAUGAUGAGCCGUUCAUGUCCGAUGCCCACCAACGAAGGAGGAGGAAACAUGAUGAUGAUGAUGAUGAGCCGUUCAUGUCCGAUGCCCACCAACGAAGGAGAUUCAGACUCGUCAUCUAGUUUGGAGGUGUCCCUAAAAUUAGAUGGGGAGCCAAUCAUGGGUGAGAGCAUUCACGUGAGCGUGACGGUCACAAACCAGACAAGCAACCCCAGGGUCCUGAUGGAAUACCUCAACGCUCAGAUUAAAGAGUACAACAGUCACGCACAGGAGAGCUUCUGGAAAACACAGAAGGAGGUGCACCUAAACCCGCAUGACGUCCUGAAACUCCAGCACACCAUCCCUCCCUCUGAGUAUGAGUCGGCCGUGGCAGGUGACGACAUUGUGAAUCUCUCAGUGGUGAUAGAGGACGUGGGGACUGAAGAAAGAGUCUUGGAUUCACAGGAGUUCAACCUAACCUCGCCAGAGAUAAACAUAGAGAUCGAGGGAGGGGACAGCAUCCAGAUGAGGAGUGAGCACACAGUCCAGGUGUCCUUCACCAACAAGUUCACCAAAGCUCUGCGUGGAGCUGUUCUGACUGUGGAGGGAUCUGGCUUGUUGAAAGGCAAACAUGAGGCCAGCCUGCAUCUUCUAAAGCCAGGCGAGAAGAUAGAGAAGCAGGUGUCCAUCAUGGCCUCCUCACCUGGAACUAAACUGCUGAUGGUUAAGUUCUCACACAGCAACAGCCCCAACGCCGUUUCCAGGACCUUCCACAAAGUCACUGUCACAUAGGGAGCAGUCCGUCCUCCCCAAAGCUUCAUUGAGGAACAACCAGAAACAACGUCUUGUGUUUUUUUUAACUCUCUUUUAACUAAUUAUUUUAUCUUACUCUGUAUUUUCUUCCUCCUUCAGUGAAUACAUCUCAAACGAAAAUGGAAAGUUCCCGAAGCUGCCCAUAAUCACUGAUACGGAAUAUUUCAUAUAACUUAUUACUUAUUACUAUAUAUGAACGUACAGUAUUUGUGUAUUUUUCCGUACGUAAGACCAUACUUAUAGAACGUGUUGGUGGUAAACUAAUAGAUUUGCAUCGGUGGGGUAGUAAUCAGUCAUUGAAGACAAACUACACCGGGGGUGUAGUCGACGUGACAUGCAGGUAUACGCUGUAGAAAUCUUUCUGUAUAACCACUUAAAAAGGCUCAAGGAUACGUAACAACAUAGUUUUGUGACAGAACUUUGCACUUCAGCUAUUUGUUUUUGUAAAAAUCUGACAGUCAACUCAACAAAUGUCAUAAAACUUCCCCCUGCGCGUUCCACAGUAUACCCACUAAAAUAAAGCAGACUACACUACUGAAAUUACAUAAAAAUAACACGAUUCGACACUGAUGUCUCACUUUAAAUUUUAAAAAAGUACCUUUCAAAAUCAUCCCUCUGUCAGGUGCAGAGGAAUCAAACGGAUUCAGGCUCACCAAAGUCUCACCCAAACACACGGCUAGAGUCUCCUACAAACAACCAAGUGUUUGUGUCAGGGUUUUAGUAGCAGUUAUUGUGCCGGUUUACUGGCACGGCUUCAUGGGAAAUUCUGGAAGUGAGUAAUUAUAAAAAUUAGUUUUCCUGCUAUGACAAGUCAAAACGCCUGGAGCAGGUCACAGUAUCACAAACUAACAUAGUAUACACAGGGUGUGAACAAAAACAGUUACAAAAGCAAUCCAUUACACAUUUUCAAACAUAUGUUGAGGCAUAAAGUAAAAGAGAUAAAACGAGAAAACAAUCAGCUGUGGACAAAUAUCAGAUUUUACAAAGCUAAAAGCAUUUUUUUUUCUGACAAUUUAAUUUUCAUCGUUAAAAUAAAAUGCAUCUCUAAGAUUACUGAGGAAACUCCUUCCCCUGAUGAAGACUGUGAGUUGAAAGCUCUGGGGAAAAAAGUGAGCAGACUUUGCAUUUAUAAGGAGUUUGUCAAAAUGUUAUUAUUAAAGAUUAAUAGCUUUCACACCCCACUUACUGUGUGUCAACUUAUCUGGGUGAAUGUAGCCACACCUUUGGGUGAGACAACAGGUUGGGGCAAAAAAACAUUCUUUGUAUUUGAGCUCAUCCUAACAUCAAUAAUGAAGAUAUAUAUAUAUACACUGUAACUGAUAUAAAAAAUGGAAAACUUUAGGACACUCAAAAGUAUAAAUAUAAGUUUGACCGAUUAAUAAAAUUUUAUCACAAUUACUCGACCUCCAGUGAAACCUAUCGCACUUCCUGUUUGUCUGGUUAGUGAUUUGACACUAAUGAGAGUUGACGCUUAAUCUGCAUAAAUCUGAGAUAUUGUAACCUUUAGUUCCCAGUGAGGUUCAAGCUCCAAAAAAUGUUGACCCUACCUUUCCCAUAACAUAUCUCAAUAGCAAUUGAUAUCUAAAUAAAAAGAAAACACGCUGUUUAUUUUACAACUGAUAAAAUUCUAAUAACUGAGAAUGAGAAUAUAAUUUCAGGAGUAUAUUUUCUUAAGUAACCUCAUGUGACCUAUUGAUCCUGUCAGUCUUGAAAGUGGAGAGUCUCGCCAUCCACUGGCUCACACAGAAUCACACAGAGAUUUGCAUAUUAAGUCAGGAGCAUCAGCCUGUCCUGACAACACCCUUGGAUGUGCUUUGUUGCCAGUGUUGUUUUGUGAAUUUAUGCCUGCGUUUUACUAGACUUUUCCUGCUGGGUGCAUGACCUCUCUUGUGUUUCCUCUUAUAUCAAUAUGAGAAUAUUCCAAUGAUAAUAGGUGGAUGGCUCCUUUACAGCUUAGGCUGGCCUUGUGCUGCAUUGCUGUAACACAACACCACCAUCAGAUGGCAGCAGUGGAGCAUCCACUUGUAUGUCUGUGUCUGACUUUUUCUUUUUAUUGAGACCCAGAUAACACAAAUAAAUUCUCUUUCGUUACUUAAUAAAACCCACCUGUUUUAAACCUAAUUUGCCCCCAUUUGCAUAUGUAAAUGUAAUAAGCUUAUAACAGAAGAAUGUGAGCAAAAAUGCAUUUAUGAAACCUCAUUUGAAAGGUAACAUUAUAGUUUCUGAAAAUGUGCUUGUUUGCAUGUGACUACAACCCAACCUAAACUACAUCAGCUCAUACAUGGUAUCUUUUAGUAUUCUUCGCCUGUAACAAAGUUAUACCUCAUAACUACCUGCAGGAUUUACUUUAUACAAAGACAAAAAUAGUUUGUGUGGUUCAUUUACUAACUCCAUCUAACGUGGAAAAGAUUUGGAAAGCCUCAUCCUCUCGCGGUGCUUCAUUCCCUGUGACAGUCUAUUGAAAACAGACCAUGGAUGUAAAUAAACAAAAUACUAGUGUAAAUAUUUUUGACACAUUUCAAUCAAGAGAACAUG